AUGGCAGAGUACAAUAAGCUUUCCGAGGUUACUUAUAACCCCAAGAUUAGGUCUUGGCGUUUCAGAGUCCAACUACACAGGAUCUACCAUUACGCGAUUACCAACCAUGGGCCUUACUAUAACUAUAUCCUCGCAGAUGAAGAUGGAUACAAGAUGGAGAUGACCACUGAUGGGGAUUAUCCAAAUUUUAGAUGCCUUGAGAAGGAAAAGGGAAGAUGGGUGGAAAUCUUUGUGGUAGAAGUUGAACGGACUUACCCGUGUUUCCAGCCAACUAGCUCUCCAUUCAUACUAAAUGCUUCGCGCUGUACGCAAGUCCGCAUCAUCGAACCUCUGAACAGUCUUCUUUUCUUGGACUUCAAAAGCAUCCAUUAA